AUGACCUUCCUCAAGAUGACGGCGAGACCGAGAGCUUUGCAUACUCGGAUAGAGGCGGCCGCAACCCAGGUGCUGGUCACCGGCUGGCCAGGAGAGCUGGAGAAGGAGGAUCAGCCGAGCUCGCUGCAACAUACGGACUGUCACUCUGGCGUUGCGGCGAGGAUGAAGGACAAGUGCGGGUUCGAGGGAUCUCGGGCGGCUGCGAUGAACGAGGGAGAGAGGAGCGAUGUGGCGAUAUCCCUUACGAUCUGCUCCAUGUCCUCCGCGCUACAACCUAUCCCAUCCGAAUGCGCCUCAUGGACCGACGGUACCGGCGCACCGAAAGCGAAGGAAGGGGGACUGAGGUGGCUUCGGAGUAGUGGGCCGGCGGCUGCUGAUCCCAAGGUAUCGCGAGCUAUGUGUCUGAGCGCGUUACAUCGGAGCCCUCAAGAUUGGACAGCAUACAACAACUACCUGAGCGAUGCGCUGCAGCUCUGUCAUGCCCUCAAGAGUCAUCACGCAGAGACAAUUACGCAUGAGCUAUACCAGAACGCUACUCAACGCCAGCUUGAGCUCCUGGCGAUCAUCAAGGCAGCAGCGGCUGGUCUCGACGACCGAAGCGCCGAACACGCCGAGACGAUAGCUUACCAGCUCAUAAAAGCCGAAGAGACCGCCACAUACAUCAACGAGCUCGUUGAGAAGAUCCAGCGAGGCUCUGACGAUGCCAGCGCCGCAGUUAGCGAGGUCCGUUCGGCGCUUGGUGAAUUUGUAAUGAGCGGGACGGGGAUCUGGCAGGAGGUCAGGGAGAAAGCUAUGCGGAAUGCGGAUUUGGCAGUUGGGCAGAUGGCGGCGGGGAUGGAGGAAGCUAGGGGAUUACUCGCACAGCAGCUUGCUGUGGAUCUGGAGCUCAUCACGGGACGAUAUGGAUCCGCGAUGGCUCUCCGGACCCACCGUGUAGAGGAGGAACUCGGGUUGUCUCUGGCGUCAGCGAAGGGCGGGAUGGAAGUAGCGAUGAUGGAGAUAGCGAGCCGUAUGAGAGACAAUCAGCUUGCGCUGGAACAAUGGGGCGAUACGAUGUCACUAGCUCAGAUGAAUCUCGCUGGGCUCUCUGACGAUGCUCAUGAUCUUCGCCCGGUCUUGCAUGCUUCCGCACAACAGGCGAUGGCUAUCCAGGACACACAUGCCAAUCUGGCUCGCUCCAUGCAUGAUACCGGUGCGCUCUCCGAAACCAUAUCUCAGAAUCUCGCCUCUGCCUUGUCCGAGAUCAACAGCACGCUCUCGGAUGUACAGAAGUGGAGGAGCCAGGCGGGAAAGGCAAGCCCGUGGUGGCGACCACUGCCCGGCUUCUCCCUCUUCUCCUCCCCGGCACUUCUUGCCUCACCGAAGAUGUCAGGCCUGAUCUCGUCCGACAGCUUGAAGGCUCUGGCGUACACCGCCGACAUUUCGCUCGCCUGGACGUGCGGGGUACUGUACUGGAUCCUUUCUACCGCAGUGUCAUUGAUCGCCUCGGUUCUCGUCAUGGCCUGGCUAUGCACCUCGAGUCUUGUCGCCGGACAGGUCAAGCGACUCUGGAAGCUGGCGAACGAGAUGGUGGAGACUGGCGAUGACGACGUCGAGAAUGCAAGCAGAGCAAAGCACACCCCUCGGACUCCCCCCACACGCCUCUCAUCUAUCGCGCCUCCCGCUUACGACUCUCCCGACAUCAAGCCGUCCGCUGCCAACGCGCUCGACCUGGACCUUGAUACGGUACAGGAGGAUAGCCUGGAGAAGGUCAGGGAUAUCAUGUUGAAGCGGUCGUAUGGGAAUUUGAGGCGCAGCAUGGGGGAACGGAGAGGGCGAAGGGCAGUUUCAGCUCCUCCUAUGUAG